CAACAACCCCACGCGGGCAAGCCGCUUCACGUGCGACGACCAAGCCACUUGCGAACUCUACCUCUGCAAAUUUGAUGUGGCCGGCCUGCGUGUGCGCGUCCCUCCUCGAACACCAAUGCUUCUUCCAUCACGAUGGAGGUGGCACUAGGAGCGUACCGUGGUCGUUUCGCCGACAUUCGAACGAGUGUCGCCCGAGACGUUGAUCUAGGCGCAGGGCUGAUAGAGGAGCUCCUGAAUGAAUUGGACACGACGAAAACCCUCUUGCGGCAGACAAAAUUAGACCUAGACAAUGAGCGCGAAGCGAGAAGACGUCUUCAGCAGGAGGUCCAAGAGAGCAGGGAGCGGCAGCGCAGACGGCCGUUUGUGGUUGCGUUGAUCGACGCCGACGGGGAUGACUACGUGUUUCUUGACAAGUUCAUUACGAGUGGGGCGAAGGGCGGCGAAACUGGGGCAGAUGCACUCCUCGCUGCAUUGAAGCAGUAUGUGCGAGGAGUAAUAGACGAGCCCGACGAGGUUGACAUCUUGGUGAGGGCGUUUGCGAACGUGAGCGGGCUAGGUGCGGCGCUCGAGCGUGAUGGACGGCUGAAGAGUGCCAGCCAGUUAAGGGAGUUUGCCGCUGGUUUCAGCAGUCGACAGGCUUUUUUCGAUUUUGUGGAUGUUGGGCCCGGAAAGGAACGGGCGGAUCUCAAAGUCCGAGAAAGUAUCGAGUUUUUCCUGGAAAGUUUUUAGUGUAAAUAUUUCGUGCUUGGGUGUGGGCACGAUUCUGGUUACGCACCGUUUUUGGGAUAGUUUGUCGGAAACAAGCGUGUUGCGGAGCGCAUUACGCUGCUAGAGGGAAAUACAUUCCUGCUAGCUAUUAGGGAUCUCGGUCUAAAAAAGACAAAAUUUGGCUUGGUUUUCAACAAGAUGAAGCGGUUAACGCCAUUUGCCGUUUCGUUAGGAUUAGCGUUGUAAUGUACCAUGCCUGCAGCGGCAGGACGUCCUCUUGACCCUGGCAACC